AACUGGCAUCUGCUACUGCUACCGCCAACACUCAGCCUGCUGGGUCUUAGUUGUGGAAGGAGCCAUGUAGCUGGGGUCCCCUUCUGGGGGCUCUGGCUAUCUCCUCUGGGCUAGCUGGAUUGGUGACUCGAGAGACCGCAUUGGUGGGCCAAGGGGAAAUGGUUGGGUUUUCUGGUCUCUGGUUGGCUCUUUAUAAUCUCCAGCCUUGCCCCAGCCUCCCUCUUCCUGUCAGCUGAAUGAAGCUCUUGGGGCCCCUUGGGAGGCGACUUCCUGUCUCAGGCCCCCUGCCCACUUGCCGGCUCACACAGGCUCCCAGUAGGAACCCUCUGUUCCCCUCACCAAGGGGGUAAGCAGAUGCCACAGGACUGCUGCUCAAGCCACUAGUGCUCACUUACCUCACCUCAUGCCCAGCUGUCUGUUGGGCUCAGGAUCCAGGCAAUCCAGAUAGACGUCUGCUGGGAAGCUCCUAGCCCUGCAGCUGCCUCUCUGGACAGAGGGAGGGGGAAGUGGCCAGAAGGGGAAGUGUGAGGAGUUCCCCUCUGGCCUGUCACCAGUCUCCUCGGGCCGUCGGAGUGGCAGCCCUGGGGCCUGGCUGCGGCCAUGGAGCCUCUGGAGACUCCCAUCAAGGACGGCAUCCUCUACCAGCAGCACGUCAAGUUUGGAAAGAAGUCCUGGCGAAAAGUAUGGGGUCUGCUGUAUGCAGGAGGCCCAUCAGGUGUGGCACGGCUGGAGAGCUGGGAGGUCCGGGAUGGUGGCCUGGGGCCAGCAGGUGACAGGUCUGCGGGACCUGGCCGGCGUGGGGAACGGCGGGUCAUCCGCCUGGCUGACUGCGUGUCUGUGCUGCCUGCUGAUGGUGAGAACUGCCCCAGAGACACUGGUGCCUUCCUGCUCACCACCACAGAGCGCAGUCAUCUACUGGCCGCACAGCAUCGCCAGGAGUGGAUGGGCCCCAUCUGUCAGCUGGCCUUCCAGGGCACAGGAGAGUAUCCCUCAGGAUCAGGGGAGGUGGAGGCUCCCAAGAGGGGCCUGGUCCCCAUGGAGGAGAAUUCCAUCUACUCCUCCUGGCAGGAAGAGGGCGAGUUUCCAGUAGUGGUACAGAGGACGGAGGCUGCCACCCGCUGCCAGCUGAAGGGGCCCUACCUCCUGGUGCUAGGCCAAGACACCAUCCAGCUAAGGGAGCCCUCCAGCCCCCAGGCCCUCUACACCUGGCCCUACCGCUUCCUGCGCAAGUUCGGCUCUGACAAGGGCGUGUUCUCCUUUGAAGCCGGCCGCCGCUGUGACUCUGGCGAGGGCCUCUUCGCCUUCAGCAGCCCCCAAGCACUCGACCUGUGCAGGGCUGUGGCUGCUGCCAUUGGCCGCCAGCGGGAGCGGCUGCCAGAGCUGGCUGGGCCCCGGCCCUGUCCCCUGCCUCGGGCCACCUCCCUGCCUUCACUGGACCCACCAGGGGAGCUACGGGAGGUGCCCCCGGGGCCCGAGCCACCCAGCGCCCGGAGGGCAUGCCUGGUUGAGCCCGGGCCCCAGAGCCUACCCCUACUGCUGAGCCCGGCACCCCAUGAUGAGUCGGCACCUGGGCUCUAUGCCUCAGUGUGCAAGCGAGCCAGCGUGCCCCCAGGCAAGGCCGAGCACCUCUAUGAGAACCUGUGCGUGCUGGAGGCAGGUCCCAUGCUGCCCAGGGAUAGGGACCCGGAGCAGGAGGGUCCCAGCCGCCACAGCCCCCUGGCCAGCCCCAUCUACCAUAACAGCGAGGACUUGGGUUGGCCUAGCCCUGCCCACGACAGCAGCCUGGAGGCCCAGUACCGGAGGCUGCUGGAACUGGAGCUGGAUGACAGUGAUGAGGUGGGGGGCUCUGGCCGCCCCAGUGCUCACUCAGGCUUCAAGGCCAAGCUAGUGACGCUGCUGAGCCGUGAGCGGAGGAAGGGCCCAGCCCCCUGCGACCGGCCCUGAAAGCCUUGUAUGGAUCUCUGCGAUAGGAGAGAAAGGUGCUCUGCUCUCCCUGGGCCGGGAAGGCGGGCAAACAAUGGACAUCUGGGACACACACUGGCAUCCACUCUAGCCUGCGGAUAUAAGGCAGGCAGCUUGGGGAGGACCCCUCAUGUGCCCUGUGGGCCCCCCAAUGUAUAGUGUACAGAUUUGCUGGUAAUAAAACCUCCCAGCUCUGCUCUUGGUCCCACCUUAUAGCCCACACUGUGCACCUCCAAUCUUCAGCUCCUGGCAAUGGCACUCACUGAUCCACAUGGACACACAGCCCCUCACUCACGUGUACUGCACCUAACACCAGUGCCCUGUACUGGGUUCUGGGGGACACACAUAAGCCAGACUUAACCUUUGCGACCCGUGGGCUCAAGUCCACUAGAGCAGAUGUAUGGGGUGCAGAUAAUUAUGGCCCGUAUAGUCCUGGGCAAUAAAAAUGGCUGGGACAGUAGGGCAGGAGGAGAAAUUGGGCUUGCUGAUGGGUGAGGUGCCCUCUGAAUUAAGUGUGAAGGGUAGGCAGGGCAUUACCAGAUGGGCAGCUAGCCCCAGGGCUUUCCAGGCUGAGUGUAGGUAUGCACUGGCCCUGAGAUGAAGGGAAAAGCAUGGUCACAGAGGGCUCCAAGAGGCUGAUAGGGAGUUGGUGGCCGAGCAUGAGAGGCCUGACCAUCCUGCAAUGAGCUUGGUCUCAUCUUCAGCAGAGAGACACAGCCAGAUAAAGAAAGGAGCAGCAUGGAAAACAAAUUUGAGGGAGUCUAACUGGAGGCCAGGAAGCCUGAG